UUGUUAUCACAGUGUGCUUAGAGCCGCGAGGCGCCCCUGCCGUCACCAUGUACGGAGCACUCCUCAUUGUAGCGAUCAUCGUCAUCAUCGCACUCUCCGUCUCCGUCUACCAGAAGACCACCAACGCAAUAUGUCUCUCCAGAAGAAGACUAGAAGGCAAGACUGUCAUAGUGACCGGAGGAACCGCAGGCAUGGGUCUAGUGAUAGCCACUGAUCUAGCGCAUAGAGGAGCCAGGACCAUCAUCGCCUGCCCAUUCGAAGAAGAAGGAACAAACGCAAGGAAACAAAUCAUACAAGAAACUGGCAACCAGAAUGUGGUGUUCAAACUCCUUGACUUAGCGUCUCUGCAGUCCGUCAGAGGAUUCGCUUCAGACAUCUUGAAAACAGAAGACAGGCUAGACAUUCUAUUGAACAAUGCUGGAGUUGGUAUUCCUGGAGAUUUCCUCACGAAUGACGGAAUGAACUUUAUAAUGCAAGUAAACUAUUACGGAACAUUCCUGCUGACACUCCUACUGCUGCCUCUCCUGAAGAAGACAGGCAAGCCUGGCGAGGCGAGCAGGAUCAUCACGACUGCAUCUGUUCUGCAUAUGGUAGGGUUCGUAGACGUCAACAAUAUAUACAAAGCGAACCACUACUGGUCUAAAAUUCAUAUUUACGGAAACAGCAAGAUAAGCCUCGUAUUGUUUGCAAAUGAACUGACAAAGAAAUUGAAAGGUUCCAACGUUGUGAUUAAUAAUGUCGACCCUGGGGCAGUGGGUACGAGGAUUUUUGAUUCGACUAAUAUUGUUUUCGCGCCCAUUCUUAGAUUACUUUGCCUGAUGUUCUACAAGAACCCGUGGCAAGGUGCGCAGACGGCCCUGCACGCCGCUCUGGACACGAAGGCGGGAGAGGUCAGCGGACAGUACUUCAAGAAUUGUGAAAUUAACAGAGCUGUGAGUCGUGCGUAUUGUGAUAAGACUGCUAAAGCUCUCUGGGAAGAGUCUGUGAGAUUAGUGAAGUUAACUGACGAGGAAUUGGAACAGUGCUUUAAGUCACUAUAAGUAAAUAUGUGCUGUGAAAUGUUUUUUUUUAAAUAGGCCUAGUCCUAAAUACGUCAAUAGAGACUAAACUCGAUGUAUAAGGUAACACUACUAAGUCGUUUAAUUAUGUACUUGUAAUAAAAUAACUAUUGAUUAAUGUUUUUUACGUGGCGAAUUGGUGUAUUUCACUAUUUAAUAUUAUAUAUAUUUGAUGAAGAAAUACAUAAAUAUACUUAUAUAAUAAACAGCAAACAUUUUA